UACAUAUAGAGCUUCACUUUCACAGCUUUAUUAUUAGCAUUUAGCAUUAAUUCUCUUGCUGAUCUGAUACAUCAGUUGCAGAAGCCCGCAAGAAACUGAGCCAUGUCUGCUAUAACAAAGAGAGGUAAUAAGAUGAGUAGUAAAGAAGAAGAGAACAGUACUGAGAUGAGAAGAGGCCCUUGGACUCUUGAAGAAGACAGCCUCCUCAUUCACUAUAUUGCUCGCCAUGGUGAAGGUCGCUGGAAUAUGUUAGCCAAAAGUGCAGGAUUGAAGAGGAAUGGGAAAAGUUGCAGACUCAGAUGGCUUAAUUACUUGAAACCAGACAUCAAACGAGGAAACCUUACCCCACAAGAGCAGCUCUUGAUCCUAGAACUCCAUUCUAGGUGGGGUAACAGGUGGUCGAAAAUUGCUCAGCAUCUGCCAGGAAGAACUGACAAUGAGAUCAAGAACUAUUGGAGAACCAGGGUGCAGAAACAAGCACGCCAACUAAACAUUGAAUCUGGAAGCAAGAAAUUCAUAGAUGCGAUUCGGUGUUUCUGGACGCCAAGAUUACUUCAAAAGGUUGAACAGCAACAGAACUCUUCUUCUGCAGCCACCUCGUACUCUUCUCUCACAGACACCAAUAAUCUUCAUGUUUCUUCUUCAUCAUCUUCUCCAAUGUUGUCAACCAACUACAAUAACAACUCUGUUAUACCUAAUUCUCUGUCCUGUUCCCCAUCAUCAUCAUCUUUCCAGCAGCCCGCUGCAAAUUUUUCCAGCACUUUCUGCUCCAAUCCCAGCAAUUUUCCCUCUGAUUCUUGGAAAUUCUCGCAGUUUCUGGAACCUUCUCCUUUAGAACUCCCAGCAAGCCAUUGUUAUAUGUUGGAGAACAAUGCUUGUUACGGCAACCCAAUUCAGGAAAACUUGUUGGUGAACAAUAUGACUACUACUACUGCUGGUGGUUGUGGAAUGGAUAACUGGAACCUGCAGGAACCGGCGACAAUGAUGGAAACUUACGACAUGUUGCCGUUUAAUUAUUAUCAGCCAACAGGAGAAAGUGACUGGACGUUAGGAAACAUGGCAGACACUUUAUGGAACAUGGAAGCUCUGUAACAGAAUAGGCAUUCGCAUGCAUCUCAUGAAGCAGCUUCUUUUUACCAUGGGAUGGUCAAUUGAAGAUUCAUAAUAAUACUAUUGAGAUUAGUGUCUCUUUUUUUCUUAAUUGUUACAGUUUUAAUUAAGGUUAAUUAAGGUUGUUAGGGAUAGAACUUACUAUCAUGUAUCCCAUGCAUGUCUUUCUUUUGUGAUUAACUUAAUAUAUAUUGUUAAUCAUCUUUUAUAUAUAGUUUAUCUAGCUAGAAAUGACAGUUGAAUAUGGGCUUUAUUAGCUUUGACAAGACUGUAAUUUGACCAAGAAUGUAUUUUGGAUCAUAUGAGAGUGCAUUGUCCACAUGCUGCUCUGUUUCUAUUUUC